AUGUCUGUGCGCUUCUCUUCCGCAUCCAGACGCCUGGGUUCCCUGGGUUCGUGCGCGGGCGCGGGCUCCGUGCGGCUGGCCAACGGGGGAGCCGGCUUUGGGGCUGGGAACGCGUGCGGGGUGCCGGGCAUCGGAAGUGGCUUCUCUUGCACCUUUGGGAGCGGCUCCUCCGCAGGAGGCUAUGGCGCAGGGCUGGGGGCGGGGAGCGCUUCCUGUGCCGCCUUCCUGGGGAACGAGCACGGCCUCCUCUCUGGCAACGAGAAGGUGACCAUGCAGAACCUCAACGACCGCCUGGCCUCCUACCUGGACAACGUGCGCGCCCUGGAGGAGGCCAACGCCGACCUGGAGCAGAAGAUCAAGGGCUGGUAUGAGAAGUUUGGGCCUGGCUCUUGCCGCGGUCUGGAUCACGAUUACAGCAGAUACUUCCCUAUCAUUGACGACCUUAGGAGCCAGAUCAUUUCUGCAACUACAAGCAAUGCCAGUGUUGUCCUGCAAAACGAUAAUGCCAGACUAACAGCUGAUGACUUCAGGCUAAAGUUUGAGAACGAGCAGGCCCUUCACCAGAGUGUGGACGCGGACGUCAGCAGCUUGCGUCGGGUGCUGGACGAGCUGACUCUGUGCCGGACCGACCUGGAGAUCCAGCUGGAGGCUCUGAGCGAGGAGCUGGCCUACCUCAAGAAGAACCACGAGGAGGAAAUGAAGGCUCUGCAGUGCUCGGCCGGGGGCAACGUGAGCGUGGAGAUGAAUGCGGCGCCCGGGGUGGACCUUACGGUGCUGCUGAACAACAUGCGGGCCGAGUACGAGGACCUGGCCGAGCAGAACCGCCGGGACGCGGAGGCCUGGUUCAACGAGAAGAGCGCCUCGCUGCAGCAGCAGAUCUCCGACGAUGCUGGGGCCACCACCUCAGCUCGAAAUGAACUUACCGAGAUGAAACGAACUCUCCAAACCCUGGAGAUCGAACUUCAGUCCCUCUUAGCAAUGAAACAGUCCCUGGAGUGCUCCCUGACAGAGACGGAAGGCAACUACUGUGGGCAGCUGGCCCAGAUCCAGGCUCAGAUCGGGGCCCUGGAGGAGCAGCUGCACCAGGUCAGAACCGAGACCGAGGGCCAGAAACUCGAGUACGAGCAGCUGCUGGACAUCAAAGUCCAUCUGGAAAAAGAGAUUGAGACGUACUGCCGCCUGAUAGAUGGAGAGGAUGGCUCUUGCAUUAAAUCAAAAGGCUACAAAGGACCAGGAAGUCAGAUAAAAGAUGCUUCUAAAGGCACCGUGAUUAAAACAAUUGUGGAAGAAUUAGAUCCUCGUGGCAAAGUUCUCUCGUCCAGAGUUCAAACCCUGGAAGAGAAAUCCACCAAAGUCACCAACAUGAAGAGUGAACAGAGGGUGCCCACCUGA